AGCCUUUUCGGCUUAUAGGUCCAGCCCUGUUUCACUUGAAGGCGCUUCAUUGAAUUCGCCAUGGGUUGCUGCCAGAGCGCGGAGGACAGACUGCCCGCCAAGGAGAAGCAGCAGUGGCUGGACCGCGUGGCCAAGAACGGCCUGGAGCUGAGCUACGCGCCGAAGGAGCUCCGCGGCGAUCGGCAGGUGGUCCGGGCGGCGGUGGCGCAGGACGGCGCGGCGCUGGAGUACGCCUCCGAGGAGAUGCCGGGGGGGCCGUCGCUGUCCGGAGGUCACGGUGCCCCGGGAAGACCUCACUCAGGAGCCUCGGCGCGCGGCGAGGAGCUGCGCAGCGACCACGAGCUGGUCCUGGCGGCGGUGGCGCAGAACGGCCUCGCGCUGCAGUACGCCUCGAAGGAGCUGCGCAAGGACCGGGCCUUCGUCCUAAAGGCGGUGGAGAAGACACGCGCCUGGUUCCUAGUGAACUGGGCCGGCCCAGAGCUCAGGGUGGACAAGGACUUCCAACGGCGGUGCGUUGACACCUGCAGCACUGGGCUGGUCUUCACCUACUAUGAGAGCUACACCGCCUUCACCAACAUGAGAUCAAGCUUCCUCGCCACGGGCGCAUCCGUGCCGGGAGGCCAAGCAUACGAGCGUGUAAUGGAGCAGCUGCGCAACCGUGGCGACGAAGGAGCUGCGACGGUGUGGUUUGAUAAGGUACCGGCCUUUGGCGCCUUCGCAGACGCUGGCCGCUGGCUACAUCCCAGCGAGGAGUGCGGAAGAGACUACUCGCCGGUGCCGCCAGACUCACCUGGACGCCAUCCGAUGUGGAGAUCCAAGGUGGAGUCCUGCGCUGCGGAGUCCAUCCCGGAAGUUGGAUCCAAGCACCCCUGCUGGUGCUGCCACUGGAUUCGAAAAGUACGGGAGCGCCACGCAAGCAGGCGCCGUGAUCUGCUGCACCGUGUCCAACAUCUUCAAUCCAGCCUGGGUGAGAGAACGCGGAGCAGGAUCGUCUGAGCUCAGCGACCAAAGGGCCGAUGAGUUACAGCUGCCGAGGGAAUACUUCAAGAAUGGCCGGCCUGAGGGCUGGGGCUGCGGAAAGAUCACCAUUGAUGGCACCGAAUUUGAGCGAUCCAUCAACGCACGGGGUUGCCACUGGGCCAGGGGUGUCGCUGGGAGCGGAAGGCCCUUGAUGGGAUGGAUUUCCCGGUGUACGUGUUCCUCAUGCCAUGAGGCAUGUGCUUUGGUCAAGCCAGCGAGCAAGUGAUGGCGCGACUUGCGGCUGCUCGGUUUCACCUCAGUGUCGCUCAAGCCCAAAGAGUUUGUGAC